CCCAUCCCAGCUGCUAGCUCCUCUUCCAUCCAUCUAUAUAAGUCAAACCUAAGCCUUUCAGCCUUCCUAGCUCUAGCACCAGCUCCACUACCACACUAGUAGCAGAGAUAGCUAAGCUAGACACAAGUAAAGAUCGAGAUCCAAGAAGAAACUAGAUCGAAGAAGAUGCCGCAGACGCCGUCGACUCGGUGGUGCCCGACGCCGGAGCAGCUGAUGAUCCUGGAGGAGAUGUACCGGAGCGGCGUGAGGACGCCCAACGCGGCGGAGAUCCAGCAGAUCACGGCGCACCUCGCCUACUACGGCCGCAUCGAGGGCAAGAACGUCUUCUACUGGUUCCAGAACCACAAGGCCCGCGAGCGACAGCGCCUCCGCCGCCGCCUCUGCGCACGCCACCAGCAGCAGCCGCCUGCUUCUUCUCCGUCUCCGGUCACACCUCCUCCUCCAAAUGCUUCUGCAGGAGCUGUCAAUGUGAUGCACCCUGCCGUGAUGCAGCUUCACCAUCACCACCACCACCACCCCUACGCUACCACAACCACCUGCAGCUUCAUGCCGCCUCAGGGCUACUCGCACCAGCAGCAGCAGGAUGCAGGAGGAGCUGUUCCCGUUUCAGGGUUGGAGUUUCCAGCAGCUGGUGGAGGCAAGGCUCAUCAGCAGCAGCAAGAAUGGACUACACAGCAGCAGCAACAGAUGAUGAUGAUGGAGAACAGCAACAACAUUAACGCUGGAGGCAGCUCCGGCGCCGGUGGUAUGACCCCGCCGCCAUGGCCAUGCUGCCGGCCGCUUAGAACGCUUGAGCUCUUCCCUACAAAGAGCACCGGCGGUGGCCUCAGGGAUGAGUGCAGCAGCUCAAAGUCCUCCUCUUGCUCAACCUCCACAAACUAAUUAAUUAAUCACUAUAUUACCUCUAGCUAGUUAAUCAAUUUGCCAAUGUUUUUCUUUAGUUUGGUGUUGUGUGUUGUGUUUGUUAGUUUGAUUUUAGAUUUUAAUUAGUGGGUCACCCUAGCUAUAAUCGAUCCACAAUAUUUGAGCAGUUUGUUGCUUGUGUUUAGCUCAAUGAGUUUGUUGAAUUAAUAUCGCUUUUCUUCUAA